UGUAGUUGUGUACUCUUUGAUCAUACAACUUCUUGAUUACUGCGUUACAGAAUGUGACGAAUCCAACCCCAAAAUUUUCACAUGGAAAUAUGCAACACGUAAAACAUCGUGACAUAUCUGACGUUAAAUGUUAGAGUGACGUAAAUACCAGGACGUGAAUUUUUUCAUCUUUUUUUGUUGUUGGAGUCAAAGUUCUCUUUUCAAUGGUCAAUCCAUAUUCAUUAUGACGUCACUGCUCUAACCUCACAAAUAAUUUAAGGUUCAAAUAAAUGUCAUUAGGUACAAACUAAAUAUUUUAGGAGGUUGUCGCUUUUUCAGUAUUUUCUAGAAAAAAAAUAUUGAAAAAUUUGGCGUCCCAAUGAGUGGUUAUGCCAACUCACUACUAUACCAAAAAAAAUGUUAUUUUCAACUGAGAUUAAACGAAAAGUUAUUGAAGAGUUGAACGAAAAAUAUGGAGAUGAGUUAUUGGAUAUUCAAAAAUGUACCAAGUUACGAAAUUAUUUUUUUAGAGAAAAAAAUUCAAUUCAGAACCAGAUUGAAAUUUCCAAUACUGACUGUAUAAUUGGUAAAACAAUUAAGGAUGCUGAGAAAGUUGUUGAAAAAGCUGAAGAUGUCAUAACUAGAUCUAAAGAUAUAAUGUUGUUAAUAAAGGAAGAUUUGGAAGCUGUUGAAGAAGUUAGAAGAAAUAUUAAAAGAUACUUUGACAAAUUAACCAGAUUGCAAUGUACUUUACAAUAUAUGAGAGUCCUACAACAUAUUGAAGGCCUAAGCGAAGCUCUACAGAGAGAAGCAGGAAGAGCUGAUGAUGAAAAAUGUGCAACACUUUUUGCAAAUUUGACUGAAAUAAGUAGAAACUUAACAAAAUUUGACGGUGUCCACUUGAAAGAUCAUUUAAAAGAAAACAUACAUUAUUGGCAUGAUAUUCUAAAAGAAAAACUCGCUAAAGAUUUUGGAGAGGUUUUAGCUGCAAUAAAGUGGCCAUUUGUGAGUGCGAAUUUUUCCCUUGUCAUUCCCUUACCACAUCUUAUUCAGAAACUACAAACAUUAACAGAAUAUUUGCUACAAAUAGAAUUACCAAGUGAGAGUAGCACACCGAUUGUAACAUCGGGAUUACUAUCAGACUUUCCUCCUUUAUGUUUACCUAUACAUUUUUUGGUCCAACCUUUGAGGAAGAGGUUCAUUUACCAUUUUUAUGGAGCAAGACAGACCAAUAGGUUGGAUAAGCCGGAAUGGUAUUUUACACAAAUCUUGACUUGGGUAAGAGAUCAUAGAGAUUUUGUAGAUAAGUAUAUACAACCUGUGCUAGAGAAGCUGGGACUUCAUUAUACCAACGCCAAGUUAGAGUUGAUCAGAGGGCUUGUACAACUGGCGGUAGAAAAAUUACAUUCUGAUUUACCUAAUUUACAGUUUGAUGAUUUUACAUUUUCUCAUUCAAUUGAUGAAGCGCUUGGUUUUGACAGAGAAUUGAGAGAAACAUAUGAGUAUCCUUCAAAUCAGCCAAGUAUUCUAGCUGUACUCACACAGGCACCAGUGUUUGUUAAGUGGAUUGCCAUGGAAAAAAAAUAUGCAAUCGAUAAAAUGGAUGCCAUGCUUCCCCCAAAUUCCUUAGAUGCAUUUGAACCUCUCACGUCUGAUGUUGAAGAUUUGAAGAUAACCACCUGCGCUGAUGCCUUCAUAACUUUGUUGCAAACUAUAACGGAAAGAUAUGAAUCUUUAUCUCAGCCAGGUCAUAGACUGCAAUUUUUAGAGCUGCAGCUGGAACUAUUGGACGAUUUCAGGGUUAGAUUAUUGCAACUAGUUAAUGCAGAAGAGGGAAGCAUUAUUGAAUCUAAGAUACCAAGUAUCACUAAUAGUAUUUACUAUAUAGAAAAAGUCUUAGUUGAUUGGGGAACUAUGUUGCAUUAUUUGAAUUUGUAUUACUACAAAAGCCAACUAGAGACAGCGAAACACCCUCCUAGUCCUACUUUAGCUGAUUUUGAUGAGAGUCCCUUUACCGAUGUAGACACGGACACAGUAUUUGCAGAAACCCUGUCUCUCUAUAGGCAUAUGAGAAAGGAUCUUCUCCAUACGUUAGCUGAAACAGUUAUUGCUGAGGUUAAAAGUAGGAGUAAAAGCUAUCGAAGAGAAAGGUGGUCAGCUAUCAAGCUGGAGAAAGAGUUUCGUAGUCUGUCCCUAACACCCACAGCAUGUCCGAUGUUCGAAAUUUUAUCAAAACGUCUCCAUCAGCUGCAGAAGGGUUUGCAAAGUAAAUUAUUUACAUUCGUCUGGCGUUCAAUUGCAAAACAACUAGACACAUAUUUGUUUGAUGAUUUGGUGCUUGACAAUAGGUUCAGCGAAGGAGGUGCUUUACAAUUCAAAUUUGACAUCACCAGGAAUCUAAUUCCUCUGUUUUCCCAGUUCAGUGAGAGACCACAUAAUUACUUCACACAGAUCAUCGAAUCAUGCAAUCUAUUAAAUCUUAGUAAAGGUAGUGCAUUAUUGUUAAGAGAAACCAUUUUGGCUUUGGAAGGAGCAACUGGAGUAGAAGAUACUAGAGGUAAAGCUCUAAAGGAGAUAGGAGUUAGCUAUUUCACUCCAAAAAUGGCUGUGAGGAUAUUGAACCAAAGAACUGAUAUCACCAUAAAUAGGGUUUCGAUAGAUUAAUAGUUGAAUUAAUUCCAGAGAUUAUGAAAAUGUCUUUCUUCAAUCAUUCCAUCAGUUGUGAGAUUACGAUAAUGAAUUAUUGCCAUACAAAUUCUACAUAAUAUACGUUUCUUAGGUAGUGCCAAUUAUUUCAGAGUGCUACUCCUUAUACUUUGAAAGUUGGAGUGAAAAUAUUCAUUUUCACUUUAAUUAUCAAAUACCCCACAUCUCCAACUAACUAAGCAAUCAAGCUCUAAAAUUACUUUAAUUCUGAGGGAAAUGGGAACACUUUUGCAACUACAUUACAUUGUAAUAUCUUAAAUGGGCUACAUUUUAUAUUCUCAGUCAUAGUCUGCCUAUUGAAAAUAAGAUCAGUUGUAAUAUGAAUAAUUUUCAUGGUGAAUUGUAACCAAGGACUGAUGGCAUUUUUAGUCAAUAAAAUGAGAUGUUUUUAUAAAUACAUGUCAUAAUUUAUUUCAAAAGCAUUUUUAUACAUAUUAAGAGUAUUCAGGAAUGUGAUGAAGAAUAUAUUACUUUGUGCCUUA